AGAGAGAAGAAUGGUCAACUGUCAACUACACGUAUUAACUCGCCAUACGGCGUCGUUUCACUGAAAGAAAGAAAAUCCCAUAACCAGGAUACAAACCGCAACUUAUCCGUCAAUCUCUUUCUCUACUUCAGUAGUUCAAACAAAUUUUCAGCUCAAUUUAAAAGCUGCUUUUAGCCUUUCUUCUCCGCCAUGGCCUGAAAGCACCCCAUCCGUUUGUUGAAUUGCUUCAAUGGCGUUCUCCUUCUCUCUCAAAUGCUAUCCAUGGUCUCCCACCCACACCAUACCCCAAACCCUGCCACCGCCGCCCUCCUCCGCUCAAAAACCCUUCACUUCUCUUUCCUUCCCGCUCUCUCACCGCCACGACCGGCUCCUCAUCCAUUCUUCCCUCUCCUAUUCAACCCCUACCUCCACCCACCACCACCACCACCUCCCUCCGGACUUCACUCCGCAGCAGCUCCUCGAUACCCUCCGCCGCCAGAACGACGAGUCCUCUGCGCUCCGCCUCUUCGACUGGGCCUCCAAGCAGCCCAAUUUCACCCCCGACUCCACCGUGUACGAGGAGGUCCUCCGCAAGCUCGGAAAGGUGGGGUCUUUCGAGUCGAUGAGGAGCAUCCUUAACGAGAUGAAGCACGUCGGCUGCCCUAUUAGCUCAGGUACUUUCUUGAUUUUUGUUCAGAGCUACGCAGCCUUUGAUUUGUAUGAUGAAAUUCUUGGGGUUGUGGAAAUGAUGGAAGGCGAGUUCGGGUGCAAACCCGACACUCAUUUUUACAAUUUCUUGUUGAAUGUUGUUGUUGAGGGGAACAAACUUAAGCUAGUCGAAACUGCGAAUUCGGGCAUGCUUGGUAGAGGAAUUAAGCCGGAUGUUUCGACAUUUAACAUUUUGAUAAAGGCAUUGUGUAGAGCUCAUCAGAUUAGGCCUGCCCUUUUGUUGAUGGAGGAUAUGUCGAACCAUGGUUUGAAGCCGGAUGAGAAAACGUUCACGACAGUAAUGCAGGGGUACAUUGAGGAAGGUGACAUGAAAGGGGCAUUGAGAAUGAGGGACCAGAUGGUAGAACAUGGGUGCCCGUGUACAAAUGUGACUGUUAAUGUUUUGGUUAAUGGGUUUUGCAAAGAGGGUCAGGUCGAUGAAGCGUUCAGUUUUAUAGAAAAGAUGGUGGAUGAGGGGUUCUCUCCGGAUCAGUUUACGUUUAAUACGUUGGUGAAGGGUUUGUGCAGGGUGGGGCAUGUUACGCAUGCUUUGGAGAUCAUGGACGUGAUGCUUCAAGAGGGAUUUGAACUGGAUAUUUACACGUAUAACUCCUUGAUUUCCGGAUUGUGUAAGUUGGGUGAAAUUGAAGAGGCGGUGGAACUUCUUGAUCAAAUGGUUUCGAGGGACUGUUCUCCAAAUACUGUCACAUAUAAUACUCUGAUUAGCACAUUGUGUAAGGAGAACCGGGUUGAAGAGGCAACCAAACUUGCUCGUGUUCUUACUAGCAAGGGAAUUUUGCCUGAUGUUUGUACUGUCAAUUCUCUGAUUCAAGGUCUCUGCUUGAACAGUAAUCAUAAAGCUGCUUUGGAACUAUUUGAGGAGAUGAAGGCGUCAGGAUGCCAGCCUGAUGGGUUUACUUACAGUAUGUUGAUUGAUAGCCACUGUUCGAGAGGGAGGCUAAAGGAGGCAAUGAGCCUGCUGACAGAAAUGGAGUUGAGAGGUUGUGCACGUAAUGUGGUUAUAUACAAUACUCUCAUUGAUGGGUUGUGCAAAAACAAAAGAAUUGAUGACGCAGAAGAGAUUUUUGAUCAGAUGGAACUGCAGGGGAUUUCAAGAAAUUCAGUGACCUACAACACCCUUAUUGAUGGCCUUUGUCAGAGUAAACGUGUGGAGGAAGCUUCCCAGCUUAUGGACCAGAUGAUAAUGGAAGGCUUGAAGCCCGACAAGUUCACCUAUAAUUCCAUGCUCACGUAUUUCUGUAGAGCUGGGGAUAUAAAGAAGGCGGCAGAUAUUGUUCAGACAAUGAGUUCAAAUGGGUGUGAACCAGACAUAGUCACAUACGGGACACUGAUUGGGGGGUUAUGUAGGGCAGGUAGGGUUCAGGUUGCAAGCAGACUCCUCAGAAGUCUGCAGAUGAAAGGGUUGAUCCCAUCUCCCCAGGCUUAUAACCCCGUACUACAAUCGCUAUUUAAACGGAAGAGAACAACAGAAGCCAUGAGGCUUUUCCGAGAGAUGAUGGAGAAAGGUGAUCCUCCUGAUUCUAUAACGUAUAAGAUUGUCCUUCGCGGGCUUUGUAAUGGUGGAGGACCAAUUGGAGAAGCAGUUGACUUUGCAGUUGAGAUGAUGGAGAAAGGUUAUUUACCAGAAUUCUCAUCAUUUUCUAUGCUGGCUGAAGGACUCCAAGCUUUAUCCAUGGAGGAUACCUUAAUUAACCUUGUUGAUAUGGUCAUGGAGAAAGCAAAGCUUUCAGACAGUGAAGUUUCCAUGAUAAGCGGUUUCCUCAAAAUCCGCAAAUAUCAGGAUGCAUUGGCCAACCUUGGUGGUAUCUUGAAUAGAGAAAAGCCCAGAAAAUCUUAUUGGCAAAGAUGAUUUAUUCUGAAUCAGUUUCAACUUUCAAGUAUCAGCUUCUGGUCCAACAGAAGAUGCAACAUAGAUGUAUUAAACAUGAUGAAGGAAUUUUGGAGGAUGAUAUGCGUAAAGCUAGGAAGCAUGGAAUCAAUACAUUACAGCACUGUUCCCCAUCUACAAAAGGAGAGUUCAGGUACUUCCAUAGUUACGGUAAUAUUAUACCACCGAAAAUGAAUCCAUCCUUCUUUUGAUACUCUAUCUUCUAAGCUGAUGUAGCAGAUAAUGUAAACGUAUUGCAAACUUUUUUCAAAUGUAUUAGCCGUUCUCCCUGAUGGUGCUUGUGUAUUAUUCUAGAGUAUAGAAAAAAUAGCUGGCGUAUGGACUAAGUUUUUGGAAACAAUAGUACAUGUUUAUCAUGAUAUUAAUUCGAAUGCAUACGACUGCAACUUCUCACUU